AUGCAUUUCAUUUCCCUCGCCGCAUUCUCCCUCACGACCGCCAUAACAGCGGUCAGCGCCUACCCCAUCACCGGCGACAGCGUCAACUGCCGCUCCGGUCCUGGGACGAACCAUGCGGUCGUCAAAUCAUACAAAAAGGCCCAGGAUGUCACGGUCACCUGCCAAACCGCGGGAGAAUCCAUCUUCGGCGACAACCUCUGGGACAAGACAUCCGACGGCUGCUAUGUAGCCGACUACUACGUGCAAACCGGCACCAGCAACUACGUGACGACCAAAUGCAGCGGUGGCGGAGACGACAGUGGAGGCAGCACUGGCACCGGAGAGGCCAUCGUCGCUGCAGCCCAGAAGGAGAAGGGCCUCCCAUACGUCUGGGGCGGAGGUGGUUGCAAAGGUCCUUCUGGCGGCGGCUUUGACUGCUCCGGUCUGACGCAGUAUGCUAUCUGCCAGGCAAUGGACAAGACUAUUCCCCGUGUCUCGCAGGACCAGUAUCACUCCAACUUGGGCAAGCGGUAUCCCCGUGCAGAGGCGAAGGCUGGUGAUCUCUUGUUCUGGGCUACUGGUGGUGAUUGCGAGAACGACGUUGUUCAUGUUGGUAUCUUUAUCAAUGAUAAGUUGAUGAUCAAUGCUGCUCGGACUGGUACGCCGGUCCGUGAGCAGGCUAUUUGGACUUCUUCUGGUGGGCUGAGCAUCUGUCCUUAUGUUAUGAGAUUUACUUGA